AACAGGAAGAAAAAAAAGUAUACAUAAAAUCAUUGAGUUGGUAACUUUAAAUUGAAAAAUCAUGGUUCCAAUAUAUGGACAGUAAAGCAAAGCAAAAGGCAUUGAAAUUUGGAGGAGGGAAGAAGAGAAAAAUCCAAGCGAGUUCACCUUCGCCAAUCAAAGAGGAGCCCCCCCCAUCAUUCGUGUUUUGACAUGGAAGCCAAGGGAUCAAAUCAUCAACCACAAGAGGUGCCCGUGCCCCCCUUCUUGAACAACAAACAGCCCGCAGCGGAAACCAAGUACUUCCAAGCCAUGAAAGAUGAUGACAACAAGAAGCAGCAAUUACCACCCAAGCGAAGCUCGAACAAGGACAGGCACAAGAAAGUAGAUGGACGAGGGAGAAGGAUAAGGAUGCCGGCUUUAUGUGCAGCCAGGAUUUUUCAGUUGACCAGAGAAUUGGGUCACAAGUCCGACGGCGAGACGAUUCAGUGGUUGUUGCAGCAAUCGGAGCCGUCAAUCAUUGCUGUUACUGGAACCGGGACUAUCCCUGCUUCGGCUCUGGCGGCUGCCGGUGCCUCUGUUUGUGGGCAGGGGAAAUCUGUUUCUGCUGGUUUGCAUGUGAAGAUGGGAGUGGGGGCUGGUUUGGGUGGGGCAUGGUGUGCUGGGAAUGGAAUUGGAUCAGCGUUCGUUCAAGGCUCGGAGCAAUCCACUUCAAAUUUCGGAAGUGAAAACGCCAAUAAUAUCCAUAACUACGGAUUCCAGGGGCUUGAAUUUCCGAAUAUGAAUCUGGGUUUUGUGAGUUUUUCCUCGCUGUUGAAUGGCAGUACCCAGCAGGUUCCAGGUUUGGAGCUUGGGCUUUCACAGGAUCAGCAUUUCGGAAUUUCGAAUCCCCAAGCUUUUACCCAGGCUCCAAGCAGUAGCUAGAAUUACUAAACAAGAAGAAACGAGUCAACUCGAUUAUAUAUCAUGCUCCUAGACCAGAAACUAAAGGUAAAAAAAA